CCGGAGGAGAAGCAGACAGGAGGAAGUAUUGAGACUGCAGACUUGUCAGAUAAACUUCUCUGCUGCAGACAAUAAAACAACUGGACACAGAAGACGACGAUAAAGCAAGAAUGUUUGCUCUUUUCUCUCUAAUCUGUCUGCUUGUGAUCCCAGGAAUGUGUAGCCAUAACUGGACAGUGAAAUACUCACGCAGCGUAAAAUGUGUUGUGAAGGGCUCAACCACACGUCUGUCCAGCAGUUUCACAUAUCCUUAUGGUCUCAAUAUAACCAAGAUAUUUUGGACCAUAGAUCCAGUAAAAGACGAGGAGCCGUCCAAUUUGUCUGAAGUACCAGAAUAUAAAGGCAGAGUUAAAUACAUUCUGGAUGAGAAACAAAACUUCAUUCUCAAACUGAGUAAUAUAACAGAUGAGGAUGAACAUAUGUACUGCAUCAGAAUCAUAACAAAUGUAGAAAAACAAAAAUAUUUGGGUUAUCCUGGAAUUCAGCUCAAUGUGACAGAGCUCAGGGUUGAGGUUCCUGAAGAAGUUGUAGAGGGAAAUUCUGCAGUUUUAUUUUGUAAAAGCACAUGCCUCCUUGCAAGCAGCACAAACUUUACCUGGUAUAAAAACAAAAGUCCUUUAUCAGAAUCAUUCAGAAGUAAUAAACUGAUACUGCAGUCUGUGAGCAGUGAUGAUGCAGGAGACUACAGCUGUACUGUGAGAGAAAAUAAACGUCUGCAAUCUCCAGCUGUCACACUUACUGUCAGAUCUUCCUCUUCAGCUGGCAGCAAUACAGUUCUGCACGUAACUGCAGCAAUCGCGGCUGCGCUCAUCUGCAUCUGCAUUGUUGCUGCAAUAAUAAGAAUCAUAAGCAGAAAGAUUGCAGAUACUGGAAUCAGAAGCGACAGGUCAAAACAGGAGAACAUCAGUGUGACAACGACAGAUCAGAUAAGCUCACAUCUCACCUCAUAUGAUUCAAAAACAACCAAUGAUUUAAUGUACACCAGCAUUACUUUUCAAAGACCGUGUGCAUCCAAAGAUAAUCAGAAUGAUGAAGAUGCUGAUGAGGUUCAGUACGUCAGUGUCAGUCACCACAAAACCACACAGAAGAACAACGUAGAUGCUGAAGCUCAUGAUAUCAACCGUCCUGCUAUUUCAUCCAGAUCUAACGGUGGACUCAUGGAAGAUUUCUCUGUCAUCUACAGCAGCAUCAAUGUCCCGUAAAGAAUUUCAGCACGAGCGUAAAAUGAAUUAAAGCAAACUCCUUGGCAGAACUUUUAAAGCUUAUGGGGGCAGUUUCCCAGACUAAAACACAUGUUUGAGCUGCUUUAAUUAAAAAAUUUCUUGCACUGACGUAUAUAUCAAUGCCAUUGUUUUGUGUUAAGAUGCACAACAGUGUUGUUUUUUGUUAGGUAUGUUUGUAUAAACUACUUUAAUGUCCUAAUAUAACUAAGGCCUAGUCCUGGAUUAAUCUAAACCCUGUCCAGGAGACUAACCCCUAAUGCAUUAUAUAUACUGUUUAUAUCCUACAAUAAAAUAAACGAUACAACUUUAAGUUCAUUGAUUAUUUAUUUAGCCAGGCCUCCUAAUAAUAAGCAAACAAUAUUUUGCCAUUAUUAAAAGCGAACUAUGAUGUGCAGUUUCACCUCACAACCAACAGAGGACAGCAGUGCUUGUGGAUAAUCAUGUUUGUGGAAAGGGCGGUUCCACCUUUUAAAGGCAGGGUAUCUGAUUUGAUCCAGAAACAUUUUUAGUUAUGCUGGUUAAAAGUCUCCUCACAUCCUGAUAGCAGUCACUAUGUUAAGUUGUUUAAAUGUAUUUUUAUAAAUGUGUCUUCUGUGAAAGGCGUAGGACCUAAAAAUGCUCAACAAAUCAUUGAACUCGGACCGAAGGCAAUAAUUGGACGCAUGCAAUUUUUGUCUCUCAUCUGUCAAUGUGUUUUGCAUGCCACUGCACAACCUGUUCACGCAGACACCAUAAGUCUCAGCGCGUUCACGUGCGCUCACCUCCCGUCUGCAAAAAGAGGGAAAUGGCAAACUUUCCUGCUGAAUUGACAACCUGCACAGGAGCCAUAAGACUCAAGAAAUUCAACAACGACGAAUUAGUGUAAUGAUAUACUACUUAGUUACAUCUAAAGUACUGAAAAAGUGCUUUAACUAAUUCUGAUUUAAAACAGUUGUUUAUGUUGGUUAUUUUGGUAAUGUUAUUCACUUUGUACUGCAAAGUUUUCUUACUAGUGAAUGAUAUGUGGACCGUGGAUGUCUGGUCUUUGCGUGUUCAUGUGUUUUAGAGGAGGCGUGGAUUUGGAUGGUGGUUUAAAUGGAGGGUGGGAUCAUGAUUUCAGUGCUAGUAGGCUACUAUUUUCAAAAUCAGAUACCCUACCUUUAAAAGCAAACUAUAAUAUGCAGUUUCACUUCACAACCAGCAGAGGGCAGCAGCGCUGAUGGAUACAGUAAUCAUGA